CUUCUCAGCGUCACCUGCAGAGCAUCGCACAGGACCCCCUUCUCUUCCAGCAUGUCAGUCCCUCAGGCUGAGGACCAUCUCUAUACCUAUGAGGAGGCCAUGCAGUACAGCACCUACCUGGAGGAGGAUUUUCCAUUGCCAUCUAAAACCAAAGGGGCUCUGAGAAAAGGUCGGGAGAGCAGGCUGAGAUCUCAGAUUCUGUCCUUCGAGGAGAUACAGGAGGUGGAAGAAGAAGGAACAUCUCCCACCGAGGAAGAAAAAGCCAGGAGAUCCUUCCUGCAGUCCUUGGAGAGUCUCAGGAGGAGCUCAAACCACAGUCAACUACAUAAAGACAAACUGAACAGCUACAAGACCAGUCUGGACUCCAGUGACUCUGAGUCUACCCUGUGAGGAGCAGGAGAUCCCUCCAUGGUACCAAACGAUAAUGACCCUUGAGUCAGGGGUCCAAGGGCUUGCAUCCAUUUCACUAAUCAUGACUUUGUUCGGCGUCCGUCUUCUAAUCUAGGGGUCCUCCUCUCCAUCAUCAACCUUGUGUCGACCCUUGAGUCGGGUCCUCCACGUCAUGGAUACCAAUCAUGGAUCCAAAAAAUUAUUCACAAGCACCUCUAAAGUCAAGGGCUUCAAAAGGUCCUGCGGUCAGGGGUUGC